UACGUGGCGAUAACACUUCGAUGUUAAGUACAAUACGUCAAUCUAUUAUCAAUAAUUUUUUAUAUAUUUAUGUAACAUAUUUAUGGAUAUAUGAAAUCUACGAUGUAUAAGUCAUGGCAAUAAAAAAAUUUGAAUUUAUAAAUAUAUCUUCUUAACCGUUUAUCUAAUGAUUGAAGUAUCAAAAUAUUGAUGAUAAUAGAAUAUCUUCGUUGUUAUAUCCAACACAGCGUGAUGUCAAUGUUAUAUAACUUUGUAACGAAUAGUGAUAUUCAAUACUUUUAUAUAGAGUAUAUCAUUAACCUCGACGAAGUAAGACGUAUUCAUUGAAGAUUAAAGCAUACCACAAAAGCAAAAUGGCAAAUCAGUGUUGGAAUGUACUGGUAACGGGUGGUGCUGGUUAUAUCGGUUCUCAUACUGUUUUGGAACUACUACAAGCCAAUUUUCAGGUGGUGGUAAUAGACAACCUUAGUAAUGCCUAUAAAGCAAGUAAUGAAGAAAAACCAGAAUCUCUUAUAAGAGUUGAGAAACUAAUAAAUAAAAAGGUUAAAUUUAUAAAUUGUGAUAUAACUAGAAUAAGUGAAUUGAAGGAUGUAUUUCAAAAGCAUACUUUCCAUUGCGUCAUACAUUUUGCUGCAUUGAAAGCAGUCGGUGAAUCUUGUGAAAAGCCUCUAGAAUACUAUGAAGUCAAUGUUGGGGGUACUUUAAAUUUGUUGAACGUAAUGAGAGAACAUAAUGUAAAACGCUUUAUAUACUCUAGUAGUGCUACUGUAUAUGGUGUUCCGGAAAAACUUCCGUUAAUAGAGACUAUGAAUACUGGAAAUUGCACAAAUCCAUAUGGAAGAACGAAAUAUAUGGUUGAAGAAAUUUUGAAAGAUCUUUGCUUAUCUGACAAGGUAUGGUCAGUCAUAUCUCUCAGAUACUUUAAUCCAGUAGGUGCACAUCCCUCAGGGCAAAUUGGAGAGGAUCCUAAUGGUAUUCCAAAUAAUUUAAUGCCUUUUAUUGCUCAAGUUUCAGUUGGAAAAAGAAAAUCAUUAAGUGUGUAUGGUAAUGAUUAUGAUACUCCCGAUGGGACGGGUGUUCGAGAUUAUAUACAUAUUAUGGAUUUAGCUGAUGGCCAUGUUAAAGCAAUGAUAUAUCAGAAAAAUGUUAAUCCAACCGGAUUUAAACCUAUAAACUUAGGUACUGGUAAUGGAUAUUCUGUUAUGGAAGUUAUACAUGCAUUUGAAAAAGCAUCAGGAAAGAAGAUACCAUAUGAGAUAGUAGGACGUAGACCUGGUGAUAUAUCUGCAAGUUAUGCUAAUGCAAAUAUAGCAAUUGAAGAGCUGAAUUGGCGUGCUAUAAAAAAUAUAGAUGACAUGUGUGCGGAUACGUGGAAAUGGCAGCAAAGUAAUCCAAAUGGUUACAAAUCUACUUAACGUGUAUAUUAACAUGCUAUCAUGUAAAUAAUAACUAGUAUAAAUAUUUUGUUUUUACAUAUUUAUAAGAGUACUAGUAAUAUGAAAUGUUGGUGGUGUAUAGUUACCAAAGUUUAGACCAAAGCCUAAGGAGAGAACAUAUCUGUCAUACAUCUUGUUAUAAAAAUUUAGAUAAAUAUUCUAAAAAUCAGUUGAUCAGUUUAUUAUUCUAAUUUGAUUUAAUAUUUCGAUAUAUUCGGUAGGUUUAUGUUAUAAGUGCAAUGUCAAUGUCAUUCCUAGUUCCUAGUGAUAAUAAAUAUGUUUGUUCCUUCUAUUUUACUUCUAAGUUUAGCAAUGUUUAUAUUUGUUGUACAAAUAUCAAAAGUAAAGUUCAAAAUUGUGUGCCAUACAUUAUUACAUUACAACGGUUUUUUGGUUUUUUAUGAACUUCUAUAUUUAAGAACAAAGAUUAUAAAUAUAUUAUUCACACA